AUGUCACUAAUUGAUCAAGCAAACAAAAAAAGAAAGGAGUUGACUUGGGGCGAGAAAAAACAGACUUUUGUGAAUUUAAUGGAUGAAAUCUGUCAUUCACAUGUUGAUAUGAAGAACUUGGCUAAACAAUUCGGAAUUGCAGAACCUACUGUUUGCAACGUUUUAAAAGAUAAAGUAAUUACAAGCGAUAUAAUUCUUGCCAAAGAAUUAUUAGUAACAGCCGAAUCUGGGUCAGAAGAUGAGUCACUAAAAAAAGUACUAGAAUCUUUAGAAACUGUCCUCAAGAUCCAUCUGAAAAUCUUACUUUUUGAAUUUAAACACAUUAAUUCAAUGAAAGUUGAUCCAUUCAAAUUACAGACAGAUUUGGAAGGAUCAACCUUUAUUGGAAUAUUCCUAUAUGACAAAUACAGGGGUUGUGCAACCCACAUCCUUUUGAGAAGAAUGAAUAAUAAGGAAGGUGUUUGUUCUUUGUAUCUGUUUGAAUAUGGUACAUAG